CGUCGAAGGACGCAUGAAUAUGUAUACCGGCCGGUGUUAUCUCGUAUCCGAGUGAACCCUCGGUGUCACUGGACGAUACACCCCCGCGUUCGCGCGUUGCUUUUCUUCGCUGUGCUUCUCCGACUCGUUGGACGAUUAUGGUCGCCUUGGGAAACGAUUCUCCGAAAACCGGAGCAGCGUGAUUUUCUUCCGCGAGUGUCGAGACGGUUCCUUUUCCCGAGGAACUACAGCAUGUUCUGCGGGAAAUCGAUGGAUUCGAGGAUCGCUUCCGGCCGAGCUAUGGAUCCAUCCCUUUGUGAACAGUGAUCCCUGCGGACAUUGACGAAUAAGUCAUUUCUGUCGAAUUCGGAGGAGUUUGAUACUUGAAGUAGAUUUUGAUUGACCGAUAAAGGCUACCUGCGCGGUUCUACAAGGUAUAUCAGUGUCAUUUUGCUCGAACUUCCCUCUGAUUUUGUAAUGAAUACCGAAUAUUUUGUGAAUACUGAAUGAACUUUUCGAGACAGUUUAUUAGUUUUUUAAAUGCUGGAUCAGAAGUUACUGUGUGUUCUUGACCUUAGUCUUCAUAAGCCAAGUGGACACCCUAAAAAAGACUGUGAAUCAGUUACGCUAAAAUAGUGUGCUGAUCAUUGAGAGAUUAAUUUUUCGAAUAAAACGGUGGUUUGGUGCGAAACCGGAAGUACUCACCGAGACAAAGGGCAGUCGGUGCUCGGUCGGGAUUUUGGAUUUUCAAGGCUGGACAAGAUGAAGGGUGUCGAUCGAUCGAUCUGCAGUGAACUGCGGCUAUAAAAUAAAAGUGCAUUGUAAGCGUGGGACCUCCGAUCGAUCCGGAAUCCCCGGCAAUCACGCGACACGUGGACGUUCUACCGGCGCGCCGUGCCGGAUUGCCCUUUUUUUCGCCCACGUUCCGUAGAACCGUACCGGAAAGGUGGAACCUUGAAUCUUCCCGAGAGGAACAACACGGGAACGAUCCAUCAAAAUUCUGACGGGCGAUUUUACGGGGAGGAACACGACCUCGAAAGGGUGCUGUUGGCUUCAGUCCACCAUCGAGGACCGCCUCGUUGAUCCUGGAACGCCGAGAUCGUGCUGAGAGAAGGAGGGCCAAAGAGCGAGGAGGGCGGAAGGCGGCGGCCUUGUGCCGAUGAUCGCCGCUGAAAAUCAGUCGAGUUUGCGUGCCGGCUCCAGGCUGGGGCAGUACGAGGAGGUAGCGGGCGACGGAAGCGUGGGUGGCGGCAGCGAGGGUGGUGGAGGCUCCGCAACCACUACCUCGGAGCCAGGUGUGAUGACCAAGGAGGAGCAGGAGGCGCCACGAAACGAAAGCUCCUCGAAAGAACCGGUCAGCGCAGCGGCAACAGUAACUACACCUAGCGGCGUCGCGACGACGGCGUCAAGCAGCGUCACCAGCACGACGACGAGCAACGUGACGGCGACGACGAUGCCAGGUGGAGGCGCUCGAAGCGACGACGACCAGGAGGAGGAGGAGGCCGAGGAGGCCGAGGAGGAGGAGGUCGACGAGGAGGAGGACGACGAGGAUGGAGAGGAGGACGACGAGGAUGGAGUGGAAGUCGAGGGUGGGGCGGCGCAGGAGGCGGUCGGCGGCGGUCUUCUGGCGAACGAAGGUGGGGGUGGAGGCGGCAUGGCCGGCUUCUGGAGGCAGAGCAGACCCUCCAGUCCCCGCAUGCCGCCUCCGGAGCAGCCGGAGCACAGGCCUAAGAGCCGACACGAGCCGGCGCCCGCGAGAUACAACAACCUUGGUUACUGGAGAGCCAGGCGAGUCACUUUCUACAAGAAUGGCGACCCGUAUUUUCCCGGCAUCGAGUUCAGGUUCAAGCCGGGAAGGGACAUCGGUUCCCUGGAGGCCCUUCUGGACAGACUGUCCCUGCGAAUGGAUCUGCCCAGAGGAGCACGGCACAUCUUCUCGAUGGACGGCGACAGGAAGCUCACCCUUGACGAGCUCGAGGACGGUGCUUCUUACGUCGUGUCCAGCUACAAGACGUUCAAGCCGGCCAGCUACGGAAAGAAGAACAACACCUGGUACACCAGCCCAAGUGGCGGAGGCAGUAGGGGUGGAGCAGGUGUCGGAGGCAGUGUCGGAGGCUGGCAGAGCAGACCACCAGCGGUGGCAAGUCUCAGCAGAAAAGCUUCCAUCACCGACGAAGCACCACCCCCGGGAGGCGGAAAACCUUCCUCCGGACGCGUCAUACGAAUCGUCAACAAUCACGACCACACCGUCCAGUGCCGCGUUUUGUUGAACCUCCGCACCUCGCAGCCAUUCGAGGAGGUACUGGAGGACCUUGGGCAGGUGCUGAAGAUGAAUGGGGCCAAAAGGAUGUUCACAGUUUCAGGCCAAGAGGUGAGAAGCUUCUCCCAAUUGAGGAACGAGUUCGCAGACGUGGACACGUUCUACCUGGGCACGGGAUCCGGGAUAGGGAUAGUUGGCACAGUGACAGCGUCCCCGGCGAGAAGAUCGAGAUCGAGAGGUCCUCCCACCGUAGUGGAGGAUAUAGGUCGGCAGCGACGAGCGCGCAGCAAGAGCAGACCGCGGGCUCUGUACGCCCCUGACUCCGACGUCGUCCGAGUAAACGAUUACAGCGUCGUCGAAGUGUUGCGCGACGAACCGGCCAGGGUGACGAUCAGGGGGCUGAGACGCUCAUUCUAUCCGCCCUCGCACCUGCCUCCGGUGGAUAACUCGCCGCCAGAUAAGAAGCUGCAGCUGGAGUGGGUUUACGGGUAUCGGGGAACCGAUACACGGAGAAAUCUCUGGGUCUUGCCCAGCGGAGAGCUCCUUUACUACGUCGCUGCCGUGGCUGUUCUCUUCGACAGAGAGGAAAAUGCACAACGGCACUACGUCGGCCAUACGGAGGACAUCACCUGCAUGGAGGUUCACCCAAGCAGAGAGUUGGUGGCGUCCGGACAAAAAGCUGGCAGACACAGAAAGGCGCAGCCACACGUCCGCAUAUGGUCGACAGAGACCCUGCUCACCCUUUACGUGUUCGGGAUGACUGAGUUCCAGAUGGGCGUCUCUGCACUGGCGUUCUCGCAGCUGAACGGAGGCAGCUAUGUAUUGGCGGUGGACGCUGGCAGGGAGGCGAUACUCUCCGUGUGGCAGUGGCAAUGGGGUCAUUUGUUGGGCAAAGUGGCGACAAUGCAAGAGGACCUAACUGGAGCUGCGUUUCAUCCUCUUGAUGAUAAUCUCUUGAUCACGCAUGGUAGAGGACAUCUGACCUUCUGGAACCGGAGAAAAGAUGGAUUCUUUGAGAGAACUGACAUCAUCAAACCGCCGUCCCGUACUCACGUGACGAGCAUCCAGUUCGAGCAAGACGGCGAUGUCGUGACAGCAGACAGUGAUGGAUUCAUCACUGUCUAUUCAGUGGACGCUGACGGUGCCUAUUUCGUUCGAAUGGAAUUCGAAGCGCACAACAAGGGCAUCAGCUCCCUCGUCAUGUUGUCGGAGGGUACUUUACUCUCUGGUGGAGAGAAGGAUCGCAAGAUUGCAGCGUGGGAUUCCCUGCAAAAUUAUAAACGCAUCACUGACAUGAAACUACCGGAAGCUGUAGGCGGUGUUCGCAGCAUCUACCCGCAGCGACCUGGCCGAAACGACGGGAAUAUAUACGUGGGAACCACAAGGAAUAAUAUCCUGGAGGGUUCUCUUCAGAGAAGAUUCAAUCAAGUUGUCUUUGGCCAUGGUAGACAAUUGUGGGGACUCGCUGUGCACCCUGACGAUGAGGUGUUCGCCACGGCGGGUCACGACAAGAAUAUCGCAUUGUGGAGGAGGCAUAAGCUUCUGUGGACGACGCAGGUGGGUUUCGAAUGCAUCUGCAUAGCAUUCCACCCCUUCGGAGUUGCUUUAGCUGCUGGAUCCUCCGAGGGUCACCUUUUGGUCCUCGCGGCAGACACUGGCACAGCUGUAGCUACCCUCAGAGUCUGCGGAUCUCCGUUGUCCUGCAUCGGCUACAAUCCAACCGGAGAGAUAGUGGCAAUGGGGUCUCAGAACGGCAGCAUCUAUCUCUUCAGAGUAUCCAGAGACGGGUUCUCGUACAAGAAGAGCAACAAGAUCAGAGGAACGCAACCGCUGGUUCAGUUGGAUUGGAGUUCGGAUAGCAGAUUCCUUCAGACUGUCACUCAGGACUAUGACCUAGUAUUCUGGGACGUAAAGGCUUUGUCUUCGGAAAAGAGUCCGUUAGUAAUGAAGGACGUCAAGUGGUACACUCACAAUUGCAUGGUGGGCUACAUGGUGUCUGGAAUGUGGAACAAUCGCUACUAUCCUCUGACAACCGUGUUGACCACGUCCAGCAGAUCAGCGGCCCAUGACAUGCUGGUCAGCGGGGAUGCAGAAGGAUAUCUCAGACUCUUCAGAUACCCUUGCACCAGUGCAAAAGCAGAGUACAUCGAAGAGAAGGUGUACAGCUCGCUGGUAGCUUGCGCCAGAUUUCUUUACAACGAUCAGAAUGUGGUCACCGUCGGUGGAACCGACGCCGCGCUGAUGCUUUGGGAGCUGGUCGACGAAUAAAACGGCCGAGACCCGUCGGACGGAGUCUUGUUCGUUCGCAGAUCUCAGCCAGGUCGUCGAUCGUCGCUCAAUCCGCGAUAACGACUUUUUUUUAUCGACCAGCGAACGUCUACCUUAUCGCUGAGCGAGUUUUCUUCAAGAGAUCACAUCUUCUUGGAAUCGCAUUCAAGGUCGUUGGAACAAUUUAGCGCCGUUCGCGUCGCGUUUCGUCGUUGUUUCCUUAGACCCGUCGUGAAAGUAAUCGGGCACCGAUCGGACGAGCUAAUUACCAUUUCGGUAAAAGAGAAGACGAGGCGGUUGUCUUGGUACUUUCACCUUUUACAGCGGACUCGAGUCUCCGCGCACCCGACACAGUAUUCGGGCACCUUCGAAGAUCUAUGCAUUUUCUGACGGAUUGGUACUAAAAGAAGCGUAGACAUUGUUUGUUGUUCGGGCCCCUUCGCCUGAUCUAGCCCUCGCUAAAUGUUCUGUACACCGGGAGGCACGGACCUCUUACGAAAUUCAAGUUUUCACAUUGAAACGAAUACGAGAACAGAAUUUUCUAUUUAGUGAAAAACAUCGUAGACACUGGAAUGACCGAACGUAGACCGAGCGCUGAGAACGUGUCGAAGAAACAGAGGAAAACAUGGAAAACCGUAGAAAAAAAUACGAUUAGACAAUAUUGAAGAGAUAUUGUAGACGCUAUUUAUGAGAACGAGCCUAAUCGUUCGAGGGAUACGUUUACGGGGUCUGCAGACUCCAGACGUAGUUGGGGGACAGGAAGAUCUAUCUUCCCUUCUUGUUCUCUGCUCGAUAACGCGUUAUCGGACCGCGAAAAAACGUGGUACACGUUGAGAAACGUGGAUGAUAACGCGUCUAGAGACAAUUCGAGGCGAGCAUAAGCGAUCGGGGCGCUGGCGCCCCUUGGUAGUCAUUAAGAAACGAACAAUAGUUGUAAUCCCGUGACGACGGGACUUAUUUAAACGAAACCGAGACACCCACAAUUCAUGCACCCGUGUGUCAGGGCACACGACGGUUCAACUUAUUUAUUCUUCAACGUUUCGAAGAUCCUAGGGACAAUGCUGUGUUGCGGGUCAACGAGCCAGCCCCGUCGGUCCCUACACCCCCUUGUUCACCGUUUCUAGAAGAACGACCGUGGAUCGAGUAUAGUGUAUAACAGAGUUUAAGCGACAUGUUGCUAUCAAUGAGAUAACGUAGCGUAGACACACGAGAAUUUUGUCAUUGUUAGUCGCGGUAGGCCGUAAGCACGGGAUCGUCACUGCCAAGGCAUCGAAUUUCGAAGUUUGUUUCGACACGAGGACCGUGUCUUGAUCACGAGUCUCCUCUGCGAGCGAUUUUCACCGCGAAACUGCGAUUGGAGCAAAAUUUUGACGGAACUCUUAGAAUUACAAUCAGUCGUUCGUACGUUGACUUCGAAAAUUAAAAUAUUGGUGUUCUAGUCACAUUUAAAUGGUAGUACGUUAAUCACGCGUUUCUAAGGUGUCGGGGCUAGCCCAGGGUUUUGUCGUUAGUAGCUUGAACGAUUCAGAAAUAAUUCAAAGGAAAUUGAUGAGAUAACGUCGCCUAUUUUUUUGAUAGCUCUUAAAUUCUACUUUCAAGUCUGAUAAUAAGGCAAUUAUCGUUUGUAGGACGACUUUACGAGACAUCCGGCUUGGUCUUAAAGCUGAGAAUCGAGGGAUGUGAGCUCCAACAGCAGUUCCGCGUCAUUGGAAUCCCUUUUUUACGUUCUACAUUUGUAAAACUGGAGCAGUCGAACGGAGGUUCUUCAAUAAUCGAUAUCGAAGCUUUCCGCCGCGCGCAACUUUGCGAGCAAUUUGUUAAAUCAUUUGCAUCAUCGAGUUUGUGUCCCGCUUUGCAUCCGUUGCGUGACGUUACUACAAAAAAAAAUGUUUUUGCGUCCAGUUCAAAGAACUGUUAAACUUUCGACGUUGUUGAUGCAAAUGAAUUAAUGUCCCACCCGUGCAGAAGAGAUUUUACGAAAGAUCGAGUGUCGCAGGCAGGACUGAAUUUUGGUCUUCGAUGCGUCCUGAAAACAAACAGGAGAGGAUAGAACGAGGAGGAUUCAAACGAUUCCCCGUAAUCUUUAGUAUAAAGACGUAACAGUGUAGAGAAGCUAUCUUACUACAAUAAAUUCUGCACAUUAGAUACACCACGAA